AUAUCUUUCAUACAAAUGCAUGUGGAUAUGCUCAUUGUUUUUUUAUUUUGUUAAUGUCUACCAUCAAGUACCUAGUCUGAAUUUUUAAUUACAUAUAUGGCACACGCCGCACACGUUGAGACGGGUCGAAAUGUGUUAGUGCGAACGCGUUACUCUUGCGAGGAAUAGGAACAUUUUCAAGAAAAUAAUGCCAUGACCGUCAUCCACUGAUCAUUACAGACGAUCGUAUUUAUUUACGAAGAUGGCUUUGACCUGUUUAAUUAAAUAUACUCGAUGAAACGUGUGGAAAUGAGUUUGAGGUUAUGCUCGAGAAAUGUAAACAAUAGAGGAAAUUUUGUAAAAUGAAGAAAUUCGUGUCCGAAUAGAUGUCUGCAGAUUACACGUCGUGCGUCUGCAGAGAAUUAGAUUUGUACAUACGUUGUAGAUGUAAAGAGACUAUCCAGUAUCCUAUUGUGAGCAUCGUGAGGUAUGCCUCGGCCACAGUAUAUAAGAACUUGCCUGAGGAUUGUCUUGCGACUUUGCCCAUUAGUGACAUUAAUAUGUACCGUGUUCGUCAUCACGAUUACAAUUUAUGUCAGUCAGAAGGUCUCGCCGAUCUUCGUCUUCCUCUGCAUGCAGGUAUACCUGAACUGGUAUUCGGUGUACAGUAUCAGUUGUAAGUCUAAUCCGAUGAAGGUCAAGGAGACGCAGAGCAACCUGUGCAGCGUGAUCAUCCAGGAGCACCAGCAGAAGCAGCAGCAACGCAGGUUCGAACAGCUCGACAAUAUGCAGCCGCCGGCACAAGACACUGCCUGCAAGUUCUGGUAUUGCAAGCACUGUCAGAGUUACAUGUAUAAAGCAACAAAGCACUGCUUCUCCUGCCGCAAGUGCUUUCACUUCAUGGACCAUCACUGCAUCUUCCUGGGUGCCUGUGUACUCCGCCAGAAUAUGGGCAACUUUAUAUUGUUCUGCUUCUACACCUCGCUAACGUGUCUGUAUACCCUGUGCGUGAUGGGCCCGUACAUGUACGAGAGCAUUAGUCGCAACAUAUCGGAGUCGGAGAGCGACGAGGGUUCCAUAAAUAUAUUCCUGAUCUUUUGCUUGCCUUUGGUUUCCAACUUUCAGAAAAUAUGGAAUUCCAGCGCCAAGUUCGAGGUGUCUAAUUCGCAUUUAGUCCCAUUCCUGAUAUUCGAUAUGCUGAUGUCGAUCCUGUGCAUCUGUUUGGUGAUCGGCAUCUGGAAGUUGCACAGUUGCUUGACCGGCAAACAGCGUUACGUCAAUGUGACGGGGAGACAAAAUGUGCGGGAGAUCUUUGGUAGCUAUGGUCUAUCGAACAUCAUAUUCCCGUAUAACGGUCUUAUAGGCACGCGAGACAUCAACGGCAAGUACGAGCUGAAGGAAGUGUGAGACUAGUCAAGUAAUAAAUAAAACAGAUUCAAAAUUAAAUAUAACACACAUAUUUCUUAAUUUAUAUACUUGUGUAACAAUAAAUACAGUCAUAUGUACAACAUA